GACCCAUCAGGCACCAAGUGACAGGGGAAGAGAGGAGCCUGUGGGAGCCAAUGUCACUUGCCCCUCCUGGUUGAGUUGAGGACUAACUUUAGUUUUAUUGUGGCAUCUCAUCUGUUACUGGUCUAGCCUCAACGACUGUCCCUCUCGAAUGUGCUGCACGGCCUGGACUCACAAUCAUGUCCUCGCCGUCGGCUUGUGCCGGUUUGGUCAACUUUCGGAGUCUCUAGACCAUGUCCCAUGUGCUGGUCGUCAUUCUAGACCAUGCUUAACUCGCAAUGAUAUAGCUGUCCCUGGUCGCCGCUUUGCCCCUGUUAUCAGCCCAUUGGCUAUCACGUCGAUCAAAGCUAGUCUAUGCCGGAGUGAUGGACGUGGAAGAUGCGUCACAAUGUCAAAGAAGAAGACUCACCCGACGACUCGAGCCAAACUCCCUCCAGCGCAUCUCCAGGAACAAUCACCUUCGUCUUUGUGAACCAGGCUGAAGAUGUUACUGCCCUCAUGCGUCGAAGAAUCAGCAACCAGCAACAACGCCAUGUCAUCCGAUCACAUGUUAUGCAAAGAGUUCGCCAUUUGGAGUGGGCGCAGGGAAAGUCGCGGACUACCGCCCGAGAAAUUGCGUUAUCAGACAAGUCCCGGACGAGUUCGACGUCAACCGAGUCAGGCACAUCCAUCAAGGAUGAACCUAUGUCACCAGUCCCAGGGAAGAUGGCAAUUCUGCCCAAGCGAAUCAAACAAGGUGGCUUUGUCAGGUUCUCUACGCCUCUGAGUCCUUCUCCAGCCAACCAUGAAUUCGAUCCUUUUCAAACCUUGCCGAGCAAUAACCUGCCGCACAAAUCAUCGGAGAGUCUACUGGAUUACUGCUUCGAUGUCCUACUGCCACUCACAUUCGCUGUUGAAUUCAAACAACCGCAGGAAAGGCUUGCUCGGCAGGGCAUGGUUUUGCAAAGCAAGAUCAAUAGUCCUGCCACUUAUCUAGGUUUUAUGGCCACUGUAGCAGCGCACAGAGCUAUAUUGUAUGGUCGCCACAAAGACCUGGCCCCAUCCGAUCUGAACCAUGACGAACUCAUAACGGAUCCGGAUUACAAGAGGGCCAAACACGAAGCCAUUGUUGCUGUAAGGACGUUAAUCGAAAAGAGCAAGACGGCCGAUCAAUACAUGGUCGAUGCCUGCUUCGGAUUGGUAUCGACAGCCACUGUUGUAGGCAACUUUGAAGAAGCACGAAUGCACCUAAAGGGUAUCGCUCAAAUAAUGGCACUCGUCGGCAGCUCUCAGGAGUCCUUGCUUUGGCUUCCGGUCACAAACGUCAAGGUAUCUGUUGGAUUAUUACAAAAGCCGAUUCUAUCGCUACCUUGGAUACGCGGACCAAUCCCGCCUGAGGCUCUACAACGUAUCUCCCCACAUCGCAAGAGCGCCCUGGCACGGAUGGGGGUAGAUUUCAAGCCACUGACAGAUCUCAGCGACACUAUCCAAUCUCUACUCAAAAAGAGUCGAGACAUUUGCACUUUCGUUCAAUUCAACGCCGAAAACCCCAGCGGGCUGACGCCGCUAGAGAACGCCAUCUUGCGACAAAGUGCCGUCGAAUUGGAAUACGAUCUCGUUGCCUAUCCAUACGACAUACCAGAAUUCUUCUUUAAUGGCGAUCAAGAACCGACCAUUCCAACACUGGAAAGUGUUAUCCGUACAGCAGCCCUCGGGUUCAUGUCGUUAGCCCCCCAUACGAUUAUGCCAUCCACAGGCCUUGGUAGGGCACUGACGCAUCACCAAAAGCGAGCCACCGAAGCUUGGCUGCGUGAUAGGCAAGGCAAGUACGCGAUACCGGAGCUCAAAGCGGUUUUCUGGUCGCUCUUCAUCUUCGCCCAGUGCGCAUCGAAACAGCCCGAGGAAGACUUUUUUCUAAAGAUGAUUGUACAAACGAUGUGGGACUUGUGGCCCUUGGGCUGGCCGGAAGCCGAAAGGAUCUUGACCGGGUUCCUCUACAUUCCCAAAUUACAAAGAGUGGUUUGGAAACACAUCUGGACGCAAGUGGUCAGCCGAUCGGAAGCCCUUCGGAGUCAAUUGGCGUCGGAUUUGAGCAAUGGCUACCAGGAACCUGUCCAGCUGCCUUCAGUGUACUAAGACCUAGCUGCCUACUCUCUCGCUGCGCGGAAGAUGUUAGCAUCUAUAACAGAGGCAAAUCAGAGCAGGAAAGGCACCGGCCUGCACAGUCGCAAGAGCUUCAAAGCCGCAGCCGCCCGUGUCACUGCCUGCACAAGCUUUCAUGACGAAUGAGGUUGAGUCGACACAAGCCAAGGUAUACAACCCAGAUGCGCAGCAGUCUUCAUUCACGGAGUCUUGUCCACCUCUCCAUUCACUGUUUCGAAAUGAUUCAGGAUCCAACGAAUGGAGCUACAUCCGAACGGCUGAUCAUGUUGAGCUGGAUGCCACCGUGGACACGAAAUAUCUCGGCUGCCGUCUCGCUCCGAAUUCAACAAUGAGCAGCCCCAACUCGCUGAAAUCGAAUUUACAGGAGAAUGCCAUGGACACCUACCCAGCAGCAUUGAUCGAAGGACUACUUGGAAUACCGAACCCAUUGUAUACAGCUCACCACAGACCGUCUCCACAGUGGUUUGCAUACCGACCUCCGGCAUCAGAGUCAUUCAUGAGAAGACCUCGUAGCAGUGAAUUUGAAUCCCGAAGCAGUUGGGACGAAACACUGCGUGUAUAUAAAUGUAAAGUAUCAUACAUAAGGUCUACGUACCAUUGUCUUGGAUUGAGGAGGAGAGCAUCAUAUCCCAUAAAACCAGAAGUCGGCAAUCUGGAAUGUCCUUCGAAGGAUUGGCUGAAUGGAUCAGGCUGGACAGUUCGGCCACUUGUCUACACAUGCCAUAGUCAAAAAGUAAUAUAAACAAAGUUGAAAGCC